AGUCAAUUGAUGGGCAUAUGACGUAAUAAUUAUGUUUUGAUGUUAGUCGACUUAUGAGAACAUGAGCUCGUGCUAGUUAUUUUAUUCAUUCGCUGUGAAAACUCCCAAACAUUCAUCAAAAAUGACUUGGGGAUUUGUAACUUGUGGUCCGAAUGAAGCUCUUGUUAUUUCAGGAUGCUGCUAUGCAAAACCUCUACUUGUUCCAGGAGGAAGGGCUUUUAUUUGGCCGGCGGUCCAACAAAUCCAGAGAAUUUCUUUGAAUACUAUGACAUUAAUAGUGGACAGCCCUACAGUGUACACUAGCCAAGGGGUACCAAUUUCAGUAACCGGAAUAGCACAGGUUAAAAUACAAGGCCAAAACGAAGAAAUGCUUCUUGCGGCAUGCGAGCAGUUUCUUGGAAAACCAGAGUCAGAAAUUCAGCACAUUGCCCUCGUGACCCUCGAAGGACACCAGAGAGCAAUAAUGGGUUCUAUGACAGUCGAGGAGAUUUAUAAAGAUCGCAAAAAGUUCAGUAAGCAGGUCUUCGAGGUAGCUUCAUCUGAUCUCGUUAAUAUGGGAAUAACUGUUGUAUCAUACACCCUGAAAGAUAUAAGAGACGAAGAAGGUGCCAAGGGCUACUUGAAGAGUUUAGGUAUGGCAAGAACGGCGGAAGUUAAAAGGGAUGCCAGAAUAGGAGAAGCAGAAGCGAGAGCUGACGCCACUAUCAAAGAAGCUAUUGCCGAGGAACAGAGAAUGGCUUCGGUUUUCCUUAACGAUACGGAAAUAGCAAAAGCCAGGAGAGAUUUCGAAUUGAAAAAAGCCGCCUACGACGUCGAAGUUCAAACUAAAAAUGCCGAAGCCGAAAUGGCCUAUGAGUUACAAGCAGCAAAAACUAAACAAAGAAUUAAAGAAGAGCAGAUGCAAAUUCAGGUGGUCGAGAGGACACAACAAAUCAAUGUUCAGGAACAAGAAAUCGCCAGGAGGGAAAGGGAACUGGAAGCUACAAUCAGACGACCAGCCGAAGCCGAGAAAUUCAGGCUAGAAAAGUUGGCGGAAGCAAAUCAUAAGAAGGUCCUACUUGAAGCUGAAGCUGAGGCUGAAGCAGUACGACUGAGAGGAGAAGCUGAAGCUGAAGCCAUUGAGGCUAAAGCGUUGGCGGAAGCAGAGCAAAUGGCUAAAAAAGCAGAAGCAUGGAAGGAAUACAAAGAAGCUGCUAUGAUAGACAUGUUCUUGGACGUUCUACCAAAAGUUGCCGCUGAAGUUGCAGCCCCAUUAUCCCAGGCUAAGAAAAUUACCAUGGUUUCCACUGGAUCUGGCGAUGUUGGUGCAUCCAAACUGACCGGAGAAGUUCUAGACAUCGUGACGAGAAUGCCUAUGCUGGUGAAAUCAAUGACUGGCGUAGAUAUAGCCAAGUCUGUUCGGGCCGCAUAGGAAGUAAAAACCAGCACGUGUUCUUGCAUUUAAGUUUUCAAUGGAGCAAUUUCGCUUGUGCCAUUCCAACUUUCAAGAUCGGGAAAAGAUUCAAUAUAUUUAUAUAUUCUUACGAACUUCUAUUUUUCUUAACGUUAGCUUCAUAGUGUGAUAUUAUAAUGUAUAUGUGUUUAAAUGUUGUGAAAUAUAUUUGAUUCUAUAACA